GAAUCAGUGACCGUACAGUUUCCAGAGAGAGAGAGAGAGAAAAAGAGUGAAACACUAACAACAACAACACACGAACGAGAACACAAGGAACGUGUGAAAACAAAAACCCAUUUUCUUUCUGUCUCUCUCGACGAGGAAGUUAGGAAGAAAGACGAGCUAAGCUCGCCGAUCUUCCAGAACAUUCUAGAUCACUCUCUAAUACGCAAACUCUGUUCCAUUUUCCUUUCUUGUAAACACUGUACAGGAACAUAAAAACCCCAAACAAAACAAAAAUGGACUUGUACGGUCGGAGCCCCACUAGAAAUGGAUCCAACCCGCUUAAUCAACAUGAAUGGCGUUCACCUGCUGCUGAUCUUGGAGAGUCGAUGUGGCAUUUAUCACUUGGUAGUGGUGGUGGUGUUGAAUCUUACCCAGAGAGACAUGGUGUGCCGAAUUGUGCUUAUUAUAUGAGAACUGGGUUUUGUGGAUAUGGUGGAAGGUGUCGUUUUAAUCACCCGCGUGAUCGUGCUGCGGUUGCUGCUGCAGUAAGAGCUACAGGGGACUACCCGGAGAGGCUUGGCGAACCUCCAUGUCAGUAUUAUUUAAAAACUGGAACCUGUAAAUUUGGCGCGUCCUGUAAAUUCCACCAUCCCAAAAACGGAGGGGGAUAUUUAAGCCAAGCUCCACUAAAUAUUUAUGGAUACCCAUUACGACCGGGCGAGAGUGAGUGCUCCUAUUAUUUGAAAACGGGGCAGUGCAAAUUUGGCGUAACUUGUAAAUUCCACCAUCCUCAACCUGCUGGCACUUCAUUGCCAGCAUCUGCACCUCAAUUUUAUCAACAGGUGCAGUCUCCAACGGUUCCUCCUCUGCCAGAACAGUUUGGAGGAGCUUCUGCAAGUGUGCGAGUGGCUAGACCUCCUGUGUUACCCGGUUCAUAUGUACAAGGGGCUUAUGGUCCCGUGCUUCUUUCCCCAGGGGUUGUUCCAUUUCCUGGAUGGAGUCCUUAUUCGGCUCCUGUAAGCCCUGUGUUAUCUCCUGGCGCGCAACCUGCUGUUGGGGCUACUUCUCUUUACGGAGUAACUCAGUUGUCGUCAUCAACAUCAGCUUUUGCUAGACCUUAUACUCCUCUGCCCUCUUCUCCUGGCCCUGGAGGAAGCACUCUUCAGGAAAAAGUAUUUCCUGAAAGACCCGGUGAACCGGUCUGCCAAUACUAUAUGAGAACUGGGGACUGUAAAUUUGGAUUAGCCUGUCGAUAUCAUCAUCCACGGGACCAGGUUGCUGCACGACCACUUCUUAGUCCCUUUGGUCUUCCUCUACGCCCGGGUGUACAGCCUUGUUCAUUUUAUAUACAAAAUGGGCAUUGCAAGUUUGGCUCGACGUGCAAGUUUGAUCAUCCCGUGGGGUCAAUGAGAUACAAUCCAUCAGCAUCUUCUCUUAUUGAUGUUCCAGUUGCUCCGUACCCAGUUGGGUCUUUACUAUCUAACCUGGUUCCUUCAACAUCUUCAGAAUUUCGGCCUGAACUGAAGUCAGGGUCCAAUUCCUUUUCAGCCAGAAUGCAUUCAUCUGGAAAUGGUUCUGGUACCUCUGUUGGUUUAAUUUUUUCACAAGGUGGGUCUGUCUCACUGUCUGGUGCGCAACUCUCAAGACAGAGUUCUGCUUCUUUGAACGGUAGCAGAGGCAGCAGACAAAGCGGUGAGAUACAUUGAUCAGGCUAGUGCAAAAUUCACAUUAUCUAUUGAAUGUGAUUUCACAAGCCACCAUUGCUUCUGUUCAUACUCCUCUCAGUAUUUAAUGGCAACCGUUCAAAGUUUCUUUUCGCCAUUGAAAAAUUUGUCACCCAAUCGUGAUUAUUGUGUGCUAUACACCAGGUCAUUCUCUUUUAUGCUUAUUUCAUCUGAUCAUAUUAUCACUAGUACUAUAGUCUCAUAUAAGCUUCAUACUAUUAUGCUUUCUUGACUUAUGCUGGUUGUAAGAUGAUUAUUAUGUUUAGACAGAGAGCCUUCUUCCUGCUCUGUACAAAGGUAAAAAGAGUUGGCGAUCUAGAGGGCCCAAAUUUCAGUUUUGCACUGCUACCAAAACUUGCUAAUUUGUUUCCGCCAUGAAUGUUAUGAUAGACAUGGUUAAUCUCUA